CUUGCAGAAUUUUGUUUUUAUUAAUAUAAUCCUCUCAAUUUAGCCAUAACCCUAACUAAAGUUAGAUAAUGUGAGUUUAAUUAAUUUUGUUUUCCCAAAUUCAUCACUUUCUCCCUAAAAGACCUUUGGAGCUCACCGCAUCUUCUUCAUCCCUAAGCUGAGUGCAUCCGUCGCACCAUUUCCGUGUGGGCUCCGUCGGCUGAGGUUUCUUCUUCUCUCCUGGGUUUUGGCCACAUGCAGAGAAAGUAUGGGUAUCUCUGCGAUUCCAUUCGAUUCUACCACGAAGGUGUUGUUCUGUCAUUUGCGUCUGUUCUCUCUCCCCAAGGUUCCUCUUUCUGUCUCUCUCUCGUGCAUGCGGCAUUUCUCCAUCUCCAUUUCCGUGAUUUGGAUAGCAGAUGUCGCCACCGCGGUUCAAGAGGUAUAUGUGGUCUAUGUUCCAUUCUCCUCCUUUUGAAUCGUUCUGGUUUCCUUCUCCAGUUUCAAUUUUUUUUCCUGAUAAUUGUUACUGUUUUCUUUAUGCAUCGUUUAAUUUUUAGUUGUUUGGUUUCUGAUCUAAUCAUGGUGAUUGUUACUUUUUUUUCUAAAUCAAAGGUUCUCUCAUAUGUUUGUGUUUUUGGUGUUUCGGGAAAAUAAUUUUCUUCUUGGGGGUUUUGCUUAUUAUAAUUUAUAUCAUGUUCUUUAUGCUAUUGGACUGAAGUUUACUGUAGUGUUAGGUAUACUUGACUCAUGAAAUUCUGUUCUUGCUUUAUUGUGAAUUGUCAAAUCAACUAUAUGUGGUAGGUACUUGGUAAUUUGUAACAGGUCUCUUCCCACAUUGUUUUUGCUCUUUUUCCAUCAGUAUUUGGUUACUUGUGAUAUCUUCCUAAAUGAUGUGUGUAGGGAUAUCAAUCUAUAUAUGCCUAUUAGUCUAUCUCUAUCCCAUAUGUGAAGCUUUCAUUGUAAGCUUUAGUGUUUGUUAACAUUGGGAGUUUAUAACUCCAACUCCUCUGUUUAUCUUCUCUUAUUGGUUCUGAAAUUUUCUCUGUAUAUUUUCUUCUUUUGGUGUUGUUGUUCUAUAUAUGUUGGGAAUGAAUAAUCGUGUUGAUUUGGUGGAGAAAAUCACUCCCUAGAGGGAAUCAUGGAAAGUGCAUGUUAAAGUUGUGAAGUUGUGGUACCACAAGAAUCCUGCUUUGGAUCCUUCUCAAAAUCUGUUGCAUAUGGUCUUAAUGGAUGAGAAGUUACACAAGAUCCAAGCUACGAUUAGAGAUCAGCUUAUAUCAAAGUUUGCUGUGUCUCUAAAUGAAGAUGAAAUUGAUCAAAUGACAAAGGACCACAAUUUCCUCAUUGACUUUGUUGGGAUCAUUACUGGUGUUCGAAAAGAAAGAGAUGUAGCAUCAUAUGGGAAGCUCAUCAAAGCAGUUGUGCUAGAAGUUUUUACUCAUGGGAAAAAGGUCCAAUGCAAUGUGUUUGGAAAUGCUUGUGAUCUUUUGGAAUAUGAAAACUUACAAAAAUAUCCAAGAUCUCCGCUGAUUGUCCUCGAGUCUUUUAAAAUCAAACCAAUUGAAGGUGGAGUAAUUCUACAGAAUGUGAUCAAUGUCUCUAGGUUAUUCAUUAAUCCAGACAUUCCUAAGUCUGUUGAGUUCCUAAGCAGAUUAGUUAUUGUGUCUUUUAAUUGGGACAAUUAA